GCUGUCACACCCCUUGGUGUCCCCCCCUUCUCUGUCACCCCAAUAAAUGUCCCUCCACUGUGUCACUGUCUGUCCUCACUCUGUCCCCACCCCUCAUUCAUGUCCCCAAAUCUGUCACCCCCCCUCAGUGACCCCCAGCUUGUCAUCUCCUCCAGUGUCCCCCCCCCCAUUUCCCUCAUCCUGGGGGAGGUGACAAGGGACAACCCCCAGGGAGGGGGGACACGGUGUCACUGCCACUGCUCGGGGUGUCCCCGGCCCAGGUGACACUGGGGACACUCACUGAGGGUGUCCCCACUGGGGGGAGGUUAUGGCCAGCUUGGGGACCCCAGAGUGUCACCCUGGGCCAGCUGGUGGGUUUGGGGACAAAUUGUUUGGGUUUGGGGACAAAUUGUUUGGGUCUGGGGACAUGUCACCUGGGAUGGAGUGGGGAAGUGGGGGGACGCCUGGAAAUGUCACAGGUGUCCCUUGGCCAGUGGUCAGUUGUGGUGGCCGGUGGCUGGUCACAGUGGCCAGUGUCCCAUCACGGUGGCUGUUUGUGGUGGCCGGUGUCCCUUGUGGUGGCCAGUGGCCCAUGCUGGUGGUCUGGUCAGGGUGGCCGGUGUCCCCUCCAGUUGUCCCCAUCCCGGUGUCCCAUCCCAGUGUCCCCUCCAGUGUCCCUUCCCGGUGUCCCCUCCCAGUGUCCCUUCCCGGUGUCCUAUCCUGGUGUCCCCUCCUGGUGUCCCCUCCUGGUGUCCCCUCCUGGUGUCCCAUCCCGGUGUCCCAUCCCAGUGUCCCAUCCUGGUGUCCCCUCCCAGUGUCCCAUCCUGGUGUCCCAUCCCAGUGUCCCCAUCCCAGUGUCCCAUCCCGGUGUCCCAUCCCAGUGUCCCAUCCUGGUGUCCCCUCCCAGUGUCCCAUCCUGGUGUCCCAUCCCAGUGUCCCCAUCCCAGUGUCCCAUCCUGGUGUCCCCUCCUGGUGUCCCCUCCUGGUGUCCCAUCCUGGUGUCCCCUGUGUCCCUGUCCCCAUCCCCAUGUCCCUGUUCCCAUCCCUGGGUCUCUGUCCCCAUGUCCCUGUCCCCCUGUGUGUCUUUAUCCCUGUAUCCCUGUGUCCCCAUGUCCCUGACCCUGAUGUCCCCAUAUCCCAGUGUCCCCAACCCCAUUGUGCCCGUGUCCCGGUGUCCCUGUACCCCCAUGUCCCUGACCCCAGUGUCCCCAGCCCCAUUGUGCCUGUGUCCCGGUGUCCCUGUACCCCCAUGUCCCUUGUCCCCAUGUCCCUGACCCCAGUGUCCCUAUACCCUGGUGUCCCUGUAUCCCGGUGUCCGUGUGUCCCUGUGUCCUGUUGUCCCCAUGUCCUGCUGCCCCUGUGUGCUGGUGUCCCUGUGUGUCUCCCAACGUCCCUGACCCUGCUGUCCCUCAUCCCCAUGUCCCCUGUGUCCCUUUGUCCCUAACCCCAUUGUCUGCAGUGUCCCCAUGUCCUGCUGUCCCCGUGUCCUGGUGUCCCUGACCCCGCUGUGUUGCUGUCCCCGUGGCCUCAUGUCCCCCUGUCCCUGACCCUGCUGUCCCCAUGUCCCCCUGUCCCUCUGUCCCCAUGUCCCCAUGUCCCUGACCCUGCUGUGUUGCUGUCCCCAUGUCCCUGACCUUGCUGUCCCUCUGUCCCCCUGUCCCCCUGUCCCCAUGUCCCUGACCCUGCUGUCCCUCUGUCCCCCUGUCCCUCUGUCCCCAUGUCCCCAUGUCCCUGACCCUGCUGUCCCCCUGUCCCUCUGCCCACAUGUCCUGGUGUCCCUGACCUCGCUGUGUUGCUGUCCCCAUGUCCCUGACCCCACUGUCCCUCUGUCCCUGUGUCCUCAUCUCCCCAUGUCCCUGACCCUGCUGUUCCUGUGUUCCCCUGUCCUUCUGUCCCCCUAUCCCUCUGUCCCCAUAUCCCUGACCCGCUGUCCCCCUGUCCCCCUGUCCCUCUGUCCCUGUGUCCCCAUGUCCCUGACCCCGUUGUCCCCCUGUCCCUCUGUCCCCCUGUCCCUCUGUCCUCAUGUCCCUGUGUCCCUCUGUCCCUGUGCCCUCAUGUCCCCAUGUCCCUGACCCCGCUGUCCCCCU